AUGACGUUCAGCGAAAUCAGGCAGCUGCAGAGCCAUGGCGCAGCUUCCUAUGAUGCCUUAGACAGCGGUGCAGCGGCUGAAGCACUGGGGUUUCCUGAGCUGCGGCGCGAGCUAAUUGAACAGGCGCAUGGCAGCGUGCUGGAACUGGCAGUGGGCACCGGCCUCAAUCUGCCGGUGUACAAUCCAAGCCAUGUCAAAGCGCUCACAGCCCUGGACCUCUCUGCCGGCAUGCUCCAACAGGCGCGUAAACGUGUGAAGGGUCUGGGCGAUCCUUUGCCUGUCACUUUUGUCCAAGGGGAUGUUGCCGCGCUGCCAUUUGAGUCCGCGACUUUUGACUGCGUGAUUGACACCUUCAGCCUCUGUGUGUUCCCGGAUGCGGCUGCCGCCUUGAGAGAAGCUGCACGUGUGGUGAAACCUGGGGGCCAAUUGCUGCUACUGGAGCAUCAGCGCAGCCCCAUUGCCCCUUUGGCUUGGUACCAGGAUGUGACGGCAGAUGCAGUGGCUGCCAUGGGGAAGGGGUGCUUCUGGAACCAAGAUGUGGCAGGCCUCUUGUCGGCUGCUGGCUUGCGCAUAGUCACAAAGAAGGAGAGCCUCGGUGGUUUGAUAACUUUUGUGAAGGCAGAGCGAUCACUUUAA